AUGGAUACCAGAAACAACCCUUGGCUCAAGCUUUCAAUUCUCUUCCUAUGUCUAACUCUCAAGAUCCAUCUCUCCCAUGGAGGUGACACCAUCUCUGGAAACGAAACUCUCUCUGGGGAUCAGACCCUUGUCUCUGCAGGUGGCAACUUUGUAUUGGGUUUCUUCAAGCCAGGUAAUUCUUCAUACUAUUAUAUAGGCAUGUGGUACAAGAAAGUUUCUGAGCAGACUAUAGUUUGGGUGGCGAAUAGAGACACCCCUGUCACUGAUAAUCGUUCUUCACAGCUGAAAAUAUUGGAUGGUAAUUUAGUUCUUUUCAAUGAAUCCCAAGUCCCUGUUUGGUCAACCAAUUUGACCUCCAAUUCAACUAGCUUAGAAGCUGUUCUUUUGGAUGAAGGGAACUUUGUUCUGAGAGUUACUGGGGCUGUUUCAAAUGAAACAAGAUGGCAGAGCUUUGAUCAUCCCACCCACACAUGGCUUCCUGGUGCCAAGCUCGGAUUGGAUAAACGUACCAAAACCCCACAGCUUCUCACAUCUUGGAAAAAUACGGAUGAUCCUGCAAAUGGGUUGUUUUCCCUCGAAUUAGACCCAGAUAGCACCUCACAGUACUUAAUCCGGUGGAAUAGGUCUACGCAGUACUGGUCUAGUGGGACAUGGAAUGGCCAAAUCUUUAGCUUAGUUCCCGAAAUGAGAUCGAAUUAUAUAUACAAUUUCAGCUUCUAUUCUGAUGCCAAUCAGAGCUAUUUUACCUAUUCACUUUACGAUAAGACAAUUAUCUCUCGAUUCAUUAUGGAUGUUUCUGGUCAGAUCAAGCAAUUGACUUGGUUGGAUUCAUCCAGUCAGUGGAAUCUGUUUUGGUCUCAACCCAGGACACAAUGUGAGGUCUAUAACUUUUGUGGGCCUUUCGGAGUUUGCAAUGAUGAUAAUACUGAUGUUUUUUGUGAAUGUUUGACGGGUUUCACGCCAAGCUCUCAAAAUGACUGGAAUUUGGGGGAUCGGUCUGCUGGGUGUAAGAGAAACACUCGUUUGCAGUGUGAAAGCAACUCGCUCAGUCAGCAGAAAGAUAGGUUUUCAUCUAAGCCUAACAUGAGAUUGCCUGAAAAUCCCCAAACUGUAAAUGCUGGGAGCAGAUCAGCAUGCGAAUCGGCUUGCUUUAAUAACUGCUCUUGCACUGCUUAUGCCUUUGACAGUGGAUGCUCCAUUUGGAUUGAUGGCCUCAUGAAUCUGCAACAGCUUACCGAUGGUGAUAGUAGUGGAAAUACUUUCUAUCUGAAGCUUGCUGCUUCAGAGUUUCCAAAUUCCAGCAGUGACAAGGGGAAGGUUAUUGGUAUUGCGGUGGGAUCGGCUGCAGCCGUGUUAGCCAUCUUAGGCCUUGGCUUGUUCAUAAUUUGGAGACGACGUAGAUCGGUUGGAACUGCAAAAACAGUAGAGGGUUCAUUGGUGGCAUUUGGAUACAGAGAUUUGCAAAAUGCCACGAAGAAUUUCUCAGAAAAAUUGGGGGGAGGAGGCUUUGGUUCUGUUUUCAAAGGGAGAUUGCCGGACUCAAGUUUCAUAGCUGUGAAGAAGCUUGAAAGCAUCAGCCAAGGAGAGAAGCAAUUCCGAUCAGAAGUCAGCACUAUUGGAACAAUCCAGCAUGUUAAUCUUGUUCGACUCCGUGGAUUCUGCUCAGAAGGUACGAAAAAGUUGCUGGUCUACGAUUACAUGCCCAAUGGUUCUUUAGAUGCUCAUCUUUUCCAUGAAAAGGAUUCAGAAGUUUUGGACUGGAAGAAGAGGUACCAAAUCGCGCUCGGGACUGCCAGAGGCUUGACUUAUCUCCAUGAGAAGUGCCGAGACUGCAUCGUCCACUGUGACAUAAAGCCAGAAAACAUUCUUUUGGAUGCUGAACUUUGCCCAAAAGUGGCAGAUUUUGGCCUGGCAAAGCUUAUUGGGCGUGAUUUCAGCCGGGUCCUAACAACCAUGAGGGGCACAAGGGGCUAUCUUGCACCAGAGUGGAUUUCAGGCGUAGCCAUAACAGCCAAAGCUGACGUCUACAGUUAUGGAAUGAUGCUUUUCGAGUUUAUUUCAGGGAGGAGAAACUCAGAGGCUUCUGAAGAUGGAAAAGUUAAAUUCUUCCCAACUUUGGCUUCAAGCGUGCUAACUGAAGGAGAUGAUAUCCUCAUCCUGUUAGACCAAAGGUUGGAGAGGAAUGCAGAUCCAGAAGAACUAACAAGGCUCUGUAGAGUGGCUUGUUGGUGCAUCCAAGAUGAGGAAUCUCAGAGGCCAUCAAUGGGUCAAGUAGUUCAGAUCCUUGAGGGGGUUCUGGAUGUGAACCCUCCUCCAAUCCCGCGAACCCUUCAAGUUUUCGUUGACAACCAGGAGCAAAUAAUCUUCUUCACAGAAUCAUCCUCAUCCUCGGGCCAGAGUUCAAAGCCACGCAGCAAUGCUUCUACUGCUUCAUCUCAGAUCAAGAGCACCGUCUCAUCAAGUUCCAUUUCAGAAAAAUGAGGAUCAAGUAAGCAAUUUCAUAUCCAGUUCAAGUAGACCGGUUACUGCAUUUUUUUUCCAAGUAUGCCUAAGGCCAUAUCAUGUGCUGAUUUUUUUUUCGUUUGUGCGUUUGUUUUUGUUUUUGUAUCAAAGCCUAGGGCCACUGUUAGUAAAUGGUGGCUGCUGUUUCUAGUUUACAUAAUUUGUAUAUUCAACGGAAGCCUUAGCUUCAACAACUCGGUUACCGGGACAGUUUCUCCUGUAUUAACAAGCAUCAUUUCUUCAACCA